AUGGACUCUAAAUAUUUCAUCGAAAACGUCAAGGACCACUAUUAUAUACAAAAUCGGGAUGAUUGUAGGCCUUACAUAAUUGAGACCCUGAAGUUCAUGUACGAUCUACAGUUGACGUCGAGUGUAACAAAUUCGAUAGCGCCGACGCUCGCACGUCCAUCGGUCGGACUUUGUGUCGUAUAUAGCAAAAUCAUAACAUAA